AUGGUGGCCAUCGGCCUUUCCCCUGGAUCUUUGAAGGGAAAGGGAGUCAACAUGGGCGUCUUCUUGCUCAUCAUGGCUUUCCUCCUUGGUGUCGCAGGUGCCCCAUCUCAGACCAACGGCAAGAUUGUCUCUGCUAAAGAUGGCUGGGACCCUGCCAACCGUCCAAUCUGGACCCUCCGCCUUGGAGAUCGCGAUCACCUCACCUCUGGCAACGCUUUCGCUCUCCAGAACCGCGACGCUGACUCCAAAUAUGCUCGCUUCAACCAGUCCACCUACAAUUGGGACGCCAACGAUCCUCCUCUCUGGACCAUCCGCCCUGAAGACCGUGAAGACUUCUUUGCCAGCAUAGAGGAUACUCAUCAGUUGAAGACUCGGAACAGUGACGAUACUAUUCCCUGUGUCAACAAGGACAAGCCUGCUACUCUUUAUCGAACAUAUUCGAUUAUGGAUUGUCCUCCCAAGAUCAAGUUUCUCUCGUUCAGUGAUGGAAUGAUGCGCUUCGACACCUGUGAGGGCUGGAAUAAAGGCCCUGACAAGUACAAAAAAGACGGCUGCAUGUCUUUUUGCGAAACUGACACUACCUUCGAAUGGGCCCAGGAAGUCCCUUUUCCCCAUUCGCAGUGCCAUUACUCAGUCAAGUGCGGCAUGGCCGAGACCGACGUAGUCAACUUGGGCUGGAACGUUGGACGAAACAUGACAGUCAAAAAUCUGAAGGCUUUCAAGGAUGGUAUAAGCGGGGGAUGGGAUCACAGUUAUGGCACAGCCAAGGGCAAGAAGUGGGACGUGGAUUUGAUGGAGGGUGAGUGUGGCUACUUUACCUUUAUUCCUGUCAAAAAAGUCGUCUGCGGUGGCAUGACCGAGCCGGCAUCGCCACCCGGAGACUCUGGUCUCUGCAGUUCAGACCCCAAGAACCACAGACAAUGUGAUGAACAACUCUGGACAAUCAAAGCCAAGAACGCAAACGGAACGGCCCAUGCAGAAAUGACUGACGGUACCAUACUCUUCGUCUAUACCGACUGCCUCACUCGACUGCCCCUGUCCAUGGACAAGCAGGACCCCGUAUACCGAGCCCCCGGCGUUGCCCUGAGCCCCGAAGCCCUCGACACCAUCCAGCAAGGCUGGGUCUGGAACACCUGCUACUUGUGGAACAUGGGAAUCAAGGGCCAGCUAUCGCUCUAUAUCCACGGCUCCGGCUUCAAGGACUCGAUGACUGGACCCAAGGGACAGAAGCUCAUCGACCGGGUUAGAAGCUGCGUCAAGGCUUCCAAGGGAACCAUGAACAACAUCGAGUUCGUCUGGUAUCACAGUGGCUACCCCGGCGACGACGCCAAGAUAACAGGCGCCAUGUGGGUUUUCAUGGCCGACGUCCCCGACACCAUCAAACCUGGCUGCCUUGGUGAGGCUAUCAUAGAGCUUGGCGGCGCCACCACGGACAAGUGCGUCGGAGUCAAGUUUAAGGGAUCAAGCUCUUGA